CCAAGGAACCAGAAACACCAGUUAAACACUUUAACUAAUUAAAGUGAAGGAGGGACGUCUCACGUGUGCCCUCAUUUAUUAUAAGACAAGCUGGUUGUUGACACUUUUAUAUAGAUACACUCCGGACACCGUGUCGGCUGGAUCGAGCCUCUCAGACAGAAGCAUGGCCUCUGUCACGAUUGAGGAGCAGUUCACCUGCACCAUCUGCCUGCACAUCUUCAGGAACCCCACCACCAUCCCAUGUGGACACAACUUCUGCCUGAAGUGCAUCAAACGCUUCUGGGACACGAGUAACAAGGCAGAGUGUCCUCUGUGCAAACGUGCCUCCAAGCCGCGGCCAGGCCUCAGGGUCAACAUCGACCUGAAGAACAUAGUAGAACAAUGGUUUCCUCCCAAGUCACACAAGCCCCGGCUGAAGCCCGUGAAACCACCUUCUACCUAUGAGCUCCUCUGCGACGUCUGCCACCAACACGAGAUCAGGGCGGUCAGGGUGUGUCUCGACUGCAAGAAGUCCUUCUGCGAGAUUCACCUCAAGCCCCAUCAGAAGGAUCCAGACCUGGCCAAGCACACCAUGAUGGAUCCGGCCACAUACACCAGCACUCGCCUCUGCAAAAAGCACAACAAGGACUUGACGAUGUUCUGCGAGAAAGAUCAGAAGCUCGUGUGCAUUAAAUGCACCGAGAGUAAACACAAACACCACAACACCAUCACCCUUGACAGCAAGAGCCAGAGGGUCAAGUCAGAAUUAAGCAAGGCCAAAGCUGAGUUUCAGCAGAUGAUUCAGGAGAGAUCUUCGAAGGUAGAUGAGAUCCAGACUUCAGUGGAGCUGAGCAGAGUCAAUAAGGAGAGAGAAAUAGAGUCGAGUGUCCAGGCCUUCUCGUUGAUGAUCAGCGCCUUUGAGCAAAGCCAGGCUCUGUCCAUUGGUAAGAUUGAACAGAAGUAUAAGGAAAUGGAAAGACGCGCAGAAGACUACGUGAAGGAGCUGAGGCAGGAAAUUCAAGAUCUGCAGAAAAGAUGCAACUCGCUGCAGUACAUGGAGAACCACGACGACUCCCUCCAAGUCAUUAAGAGUUUCCCACCCCUGAGUGCUCCGCCCUCCACGGUAGACUGGUCCACGGUUACCAUGCCGACGGACACACACUCGUCGGAGAGGAAAGACUUCUCCAAGCUCGUCGACAUCUGCCACGAUCUCCUGAAGAAGCUGUGCGCAGAUGAAGUGAAUAAGAUCAGCCAAUAUGCAGUGGACGUAACGUUCGACCCCGUGACGGCUGCGGGAUGGCUGACCGUGUCCCCAGACAAAAAAAAGGUGAGCGUCAGCAGACAGAUCAGGCGCCAUUCUCUCCCUGAUGACCCCCGAAGGUUUGACCACUGCGUCUCCAUCCUGGGGAAACAACGAUUCACCCACGGAAAAUAUUACUGGGUGGUUCAGGUGGGGGAUAAAACGGACUGGGACCUGGGCGUCGCCAGAGAGUCCAUCAACAGGAAGGGGCUCAUCACGGUGCGUCCCGACAGCGGCUACUGGGCCAUCAGCCGACGCAAAGGCGGCAGCCUGUCUGCCUGCACCGGCCCCUCCACCCCCCUCCACCUCCACGAGACCCCCCACAAAGUGGGCAUCUUCCUGGACUACGACGAGGGCUCCGUGUCCUUCUACGACGCCGAGGCAAAGACCCACAUUUACACGUACAGCGGCUGUGGCUUCAGCGGGCCCCUCUGCCCCUACUUCAACCCCUGUCUUCAGGACAGCGGGAAGAACGCGGCCCCGCUGGUCAUCUGUCCGCUCGAGGGGGCUUUGAGUCAGCAGGCUGCAGCAACGGGAGAGCAAGGCCGCAGAGCUCGAUUAGUUAGCUCGGUUAGUUACCCCUGAGUGGCCUCCCCGUGGACCACACUGGUGCCACCCCACGCUGACAGGUGUGACCCCCCGCUGAGAGUCACAGGUCACUCUCAGGUCUCAGCUGCGCUCAUCUUAAAAUAUGUCCACCUAUAAUAAACAGGUACCAGUGUUUGAACCUUCCAGAUGUAUAAGUGAGUAGCAAUGUCACGAACGUAACAUAAACCAACCCACACAGGACAACACAACAGCUGCAGCUGCAGCCAACACAAAACACAGCAGCUAUAAUGACACAAAUGUGUGUUUUUUCUAGUAAUCUGUAAAAUUACCCUAAUGUUUACUUUACUAUUCAACACACUGAACACUCUUUUUUGGGAAGAUUGUCUUUCUUCAUUUAAAGCUGAUGAAUGCAACUUUUACGUCACACUUUUCAAUGCAAACCCCUGCGAUGGAUCAGUUUCUUUGGGAUUUGUUUGAGUCUAGGUCAAUAUGAAUCACGGGUUUAUCUUGUUUUUACAUCAUCAAGAACAUAUCUGGUUGUUUUAAAAUACAGUAGCAUGUUGUGAUUUCUAAUCUGUUUGAGUCUCGGGUUCUUUGAUCACUAGGUGGCAGGACUGCACUGCUGUGGAGAAACCAUAACGUUGUAUGAGACUGUGCUGUGGAGGCUUAUUCAUUUGAUUUUAUCAUCUGAUGUAUUAGUAACCAUGUUGUGCAGCUGCAUUUUUAUGCCUUUUUUAUUAUUAUUUUUUAUCUCAAAAAUCAUUAAAAGAAUCCAGGACCAGAA